AUGGCUCCAAGAAUAGUUGAGUUGCCCGAGAACAUUGAGCAGAAGAUUGAGGUGAGCGUAGAAAUUGGACACAAGGCAGCAGUGAGGAGCCUCCCAACGAAGGAAGGAUGCACGCACGACUGGAUUGUGUACGUGAGGACUGACCAGGAUCAGUUCGUUGAGAAAGUUGAAUUCAACCUCCAUCCGUCCUUCAAGAAGCCGAGAAGAGUUGUUAGAAGCGCGCCAUUCCAGGUUGUUGAAUGUGGUUACGGAGGCUUCCGCAUGUCGAUCGUCGUCCACUUCAGAGUGAACAACCAGCGACAGCCCGUUCCAUUUGAUUAUUAUUUGUUCCUGGGCGAUGCAGUGGUCUCCAAUAAUGUCCUGCAGAAGGUCUCAAUCCUAUCAGGCACUCUUGAAAACUCAAAACCUCCUGCGAAGAAGAAACCCGGCAGGCCGAGAAAGAACAACAAAUUACUAUCUACCAACACAUCUUCAGAGUUGUCACCAUCAACAGAACUAUCGUCAUCAUCAUCAUCGGUCUUGUCAUCAUCUUCAUCAUCAGUUUCAUCGUCAAAUGUCUCUGAAUCGAUAAAUUCAUCAACAGCUCUUCCUGUCAGAAAGGCUGGAAGGCCGAGGAAGAACGGGACAAUCCCUGUCAAAUCCAUCGAGUCAUCGUCUUCCUCAUCUUCACCACCAACAUCAAAACUGUCCUCCCAUGACAAUCGAGACCUCCGCAACAGACGGACAGUCUCAACGCUACCGGCCGACAAGUUGCGCGACCACGUCGACUGGUCUCUGAGACAAACAGCAACCAUCAACCAAAAUAACGUCAGUGAAGAUGAACUGAAUGAGAAAAUUCGCGAAUUAUUGAAACUUCAGGAAACUUUGAUGACGAUGAACGAGAAGAAUGUUUUGAAGAGAGUUGUUGGGAUAAUCCAAGAGGCUGGCUACUUGAAAGUCACAGAGUCCUCGUUUGAUUUUGACCUCAUGGAGAUGGAUGGCGUCACGAUAGAAUGCAUUAAGAGGUGUAUCGAAAUCCAUUGA